UCCCGGUUGGGACAGCUGCAAGAUGGCGUCGGCGUCUGCCACGGCGGCCGGGAAGGUCCAAGCUCUGCGCGAAGUCGGCCGCCGCGGGGCCUGCGGGCGCCCGCUCAAGAGGCAGGAAGAGCUGUGAAGCCGGCGGGGCGACCUGAGCAGGAGACUGGAAUGCCAUGGCUAACUCAGAGAGCGACGACGACAGCUUCAUGGCUGUGGAUUCCGAGGACACCGUGGCGGAAGGGACCAUGGACCAGGAGGAGGGAGUGUGUGCUGCUGCUCGGCCAGAGGAGGAAGAAGAAGAGGAGGAAGGGGCUCGGCCUCACCGAUCCAUGCAGGAGUUGCCGGAAGAGGUGCUGGAGUAUAUCUUGUCCUUCCUCUCCCCGUAUCAGGAGCACAAAACGGCCGCCCUGGUUUGCAAGCAGUGGUAUCGACUCAUCAAAGGUGUCGCCCACCAGUGUUACCACGGCUUCAUCAGGUCCGUCCAGGAAGGGAACAUUCAGUGGGAGAGCCGCACCUACCCCUAUCCCGGGACUCCCAUCACUCAGCGCUUCUCGCACAGUGCUUGUUACUACGAUGCCAACCAGUCCAUGUACGUCUUUGGGGGCUGCACCCAGAGCAGUUGCAACGCAGCUUUUAACGACCUCUGGAGACUUGACCUGAACAGCAAGGAAUGGAUCCGGCCCUUGGCCUCAGGUUCCUACCCGUCACCGAAAGCCGGAGCGACCCUUGUUGUGUAUAAGGACCUGCUGGUGCUGUUCGGAGGCUGGACGCGGCCGAGCCCUUACCCCCUGCACCAGCCGGAGAGGUUCUUUGACGAAAUACACACCUACUCACCUUCCAAAAAUUGGUGGAACUGCGUGGUGACCACCCAUGGCCCUCCUCCCAUGGCCGGCCACUCCUCCUGUGUGAUCCAAGACCGGAUGAUUGUCUUCGGAGGCUCUCUGGGGUCACGGCAGAUGAGCAGCGACGUCUGGGUCCUUGAUCUGGAGCACUGGACCUGGUCCAAGCCGAACAUCUCCGGGCCUGGGCCUCACCCACGAGGAGGCCAAUCCCAGAUUGUCAUAGACGACGAAACCAUCCUGGUCCUUGGGGGCUGCGGAGGUCCAAAUGCGCUUUUCAAGGACGCCUGGCUGCUGCAUAUGAGAUCCGACCGUCUGUGGGCCUGGCAGCCCCUGAAGGUGGAGAACGAGGACCACGGAGCCCCUGAGCUGUGGUGCCACCCGGCCUGCAAGGUGGGGCAGUGCGUGGUCGUCUUCAGCCAAGCCCCCAGCGGGAGGGCUCCGCUUAGCCCUAGCUUGAACUCUCGUCCUUCUCCCAUCAGCGCCACGCCGCCCGCCCUGCUUCCCGAGACACGAGAAUGCCGCUCUCAGUCUCCCCUUCGGACUGCAGACGAGGCUCCCUGCGUGAACGGCCGGUGGGGCACCCUGAGACCUCGGGGGCAGAGGCAGACGCCCUGCGGGUCCCGGGAAGGGAGCCUGUCACCGGCCAGAGAUGAUAGCUCACCAGUGCUGAACGGCAGCGAGGCCUUGUCUCCUGGCCUCGUCGCCCCCGCCGCCGGGGCCUCUCCCGAAAGCCCUCUCCAGCUGCUGUCGCCCGGGGAAGGCUACGAACCGAAGGCGAGCCUUUCUCUGGCGCCCAGGCGGGGCUCUCUCCCCGACCAAAAGGACCUCCGACUGGCCGCCGUGGACUUAAACUGGGAGGGCAAACCCCCUUCUCUGGUUUGCCAGCUGGAGGUGGCAGACAGCAGGACGGUUGGCACGCUAGGCCUCAGGAACCCCCCGGAUCAGACCAACGGCCUUCACACCCCGCCUCAUGUCUCCAGCUCCCUGAUGGGAGCGGUCUCUCCUAACGCGCUGCGGCGGAGCCUAGAGGCGGUCCAAGCGCUCUCCUCCAAGGCCCUGCCCACUUUGGCGGUCCGAAGCCCGCCCAGGGUGUCCUCGCCGGGGUCCCCGGGCGGCCAGAGCAGCGCCAACCUUGCCGAAGCAGCCGUUCCCGCUCCAGUUCGAUCUGGCUCUGCCCAAGGAGACGGGCACGCCUUACCACCCAUUGCUCGCCGCCUGGGCCACCAUCCGCCUCAGUCGUUGAACGUAGGCAAGCCUCUCUACCAGAGCGUGAACUGCAAGCCCAUGCAGAUGUACGUGCUGGACAUCAAGGAGGUCAAAGGGCGCGGGUGGGUCCAGUGGAAGGUGUUCCACGGCAGCUCCGUGGUGGGGCCCCCCGAGACCAGCCUGCACACGGUGGUCCAGGGGCGGGGGGAAGUCAUCAUCUUCGGCGGCUUGAUGGACAAGAAGCAGAACGUCAAGUACUAUCCCAAAACCAACGCCUUGUACUUUGUGCGGGCAAAGAGAUAAUGCGGCCUCGGAGGCUCCCCCUCAACCAGUUAGUCCUGCACCCGGGCGCGCUGUCAAGCAGGCUGUGAAUGUGGCUUUCCACCCACUAAUAAAAGAGAUCUAAGCAA